UGAGCUGCGCGUGCGCAAUGUGCAAUGUAAAAGUGCUUGGGCACUUCCGGCUCGCCUCAUUCGCGAAACAGAACAGUGGCUAGGCUCGUAAUGGCUUGAAAGAGCCAAACAUUAUAUAAAGUAAGAGAAGAAUCAACUUGAACUUGAAAGAGUGAAGAGAAACGAUGGCGUGUGCAAUGAUACCUCUUGAUGAGCAACAGGUGACAGAGGCUACUGGGCCUCUGGGAAAGGAGCGCACCCUGCCAGCCCUGCAUCCAGACAGGAAGGAGGAGCGGUGUUUUGUGACUUAUAAGCCCCCUCCCGAGGACAGCUCCCCUGCUCAGGUGGAGGAGUACCUGGAGCAUGGCAAGUUCAUCACUGAGGACCUGGACUGGCUGCUGGCCCUGCGACAUGACAAGUUCUGGUGCCAGGUGGUAUUUGAUGAGUCAUUGCAGAAGUGUCUGGAUUCCUACCUACGCCACUCCCCUCGGGGAUUAGACCCCUCCUCCUUGCCCUCCUCCCCGGCCGUUGCUGACAUGCAGCGCUGCAUCCACCGAGCCGUCUUUAUGACCUUCCUCAGAAUGGCCACGCACAAGGAGUCCAAGGAGAGCUUUAUAACUCCGACUGUGUUCGGAGAGAUCAUUUACAACAACUUCCUGUUCGACAUUCCCAAGAUCCUGGACCUGUGUGUUCUGUUUGGGAAAGGAAAUGCCCAGCUGCUCCAUAAGAUGAUAGAAAACAUCUUCACCCAGCAGCCGUGUUACUAUGGAGACCUUGAUGAGGCUGUUCUCUCAGUCCUACAGGUGUUAGACACUAUCCUUGCUAAGUGUGGUCUCCAGUGUGAAGGAGCCACUGCCAUCGAGCCUCUGAAGCUCAGCUCAUCCGGCCGACCCACCGCCAUGACCAUGAGUCAACAGGACCUAGUGGAUUUGGUGCUGUAUCUGUGUGACACCUGUACCACCAUCCAGGCCUUCCUGGACAUCUUCCCUGCUGCCUGCUCCACCUUUCACUGUCACAGCUUCCUCAACAGAUUAGCCUCAUUCUACGAGGUGGCUGUGCCUGACAUAGAGAAGGCUGUGAGGAAAAGAAACUUUGACGACGACAGUCUCCAGGAGGACCUGUGGAGGAGGGUGUGUCACGCCCGGAGGAGGAUGGUGGAGAUGGCACACCUGCUGCUACAACACACCUGCCUACAGCCCAUACUAGAGGGCUCAGAGAACAUUCAGACAUUUGUGGAGGAACUCCUGCAGCAUUUCACUACUUUCCUACCAGAGAAGAGGUUCCUAUUAGACUACGAUGAGCAGUUCCCCAUAGCUGAUGAUAUAAGUCUUCUACAGCAGGCCUUUCCUCUCCUAGAUGAGACUAGGACAUCAUAUCUGCUCCAGGGGGUGGAGGAUGCCUGGGACAGCAUCGGCCGGAGGAGAACCCAGGACAGACCCCAGCAGACACACUCCUCUGCCGGGCUGACUGGCCAGGGAGUAGAGGUUGGGGCAGGGGCCUGGGGGGGAGAGAUGGGGAUCAGAGAGCCAGGGGAAGGAGGGGAGACCCCCAGAGGAGCACAGGCCAUGCGGGAUAUGCCCCAUAAAGGAGACAACGGUGCUGCGUGUACGAUCAGUGCGGGGGAGCUGGAGUCUCUGUUAACCCACAUCAGAGACCUGCUACCAGACCUGGGAGAGGGAUUUCUACUGGCCUGUCUCCACCAGUACAACUAUAGCUCUGAAUUGGUCAUUAACUACAUCCUAGAGGACAGACUACACCCUGAUCUGGACAAACUGGAUAGAGCCAUGCCCAGGCCGGUAAAGGAGGAGCUUCCUCCUGUACUCAGCACCAGGUCCAACGUGUUUGACGAUGAUGAGUUUGAUGUCUUCAACAGAGACCAGGUGGACAUGACUCGCGUCUGGAAGGGCCGGAGGAAAGGAGAAAGUGUGCGGGACCUGCUUAAUGACAAGCAGCACAUAGCAGAGCAGAAGGAACGCUACCUGACCUAUGAGACCGUGGUGGAUGAGGUCAUCGUGACUCCCAGCGAAUCAGGAGCCAUCGACAAUCUGAACGAUUAUGAUGAUGAGUAUGAUGACACAUAUGACAUCAACCAAGUAGGAGCCAAUGAUCUGGACGGAGACUCCAACCUGCUCAACCGCAGGCCGUUCACCAUCCCUCAGGUCCUACGGCAGGGAGGCAGACCACAGAUGCAGGAGGAGAACAUAGAGGAGGAAGAGGACGAGAAGGAAGACGCUGUGAAGAGAGACCAGUUUGUUCAGGACCCAGCUCUGCUGAGAGAGAGGGCAGAGGCCAGGAGAGCUACCAUGCAACACAGGAAGGGGUACCGUCCGGAGCCUGCCAGAGAGAGAGACGUGGUGGGUAAACCUAAAGGCCAGGGCCAGUCAACAGAGACCCUUCUGGACCGACGCAAGAAGGAGGCCCACAAAAGCAGGGGAGCCAACCACAACCGCAGGGCUAUGUCCGACCGCAAGAGGAACAAAGGAAUGAUCCCCUCCUGAUAGGUGUUGCCAUGGAGACCAACUGACCUAGCGGACGGUGCGUACAAGACGGGACGACGUGGAAAGGAAGGAGAGAGAAAGAUAAUCUGGGCUCAAAGGUCAUGAGCCCUGAUUGAUGUCCCCUCCCAGAGUCCUCAUCAGUCAGAUUCUUUCUACCGGGAUUCACUGACCAGGCCAUUUUUAUAGGCCUUGUUCUGUUCUCUUUUAGCAAAGACAUUCUAGUUUUCCAUUUUCUAUUGCAAAGGGACACCAAUGAUUAGUUCCAUAACAGAACAGAACUUUGGUUGCCAAGUGGCCUGUUGGUGGAAUGUUUAGAGACACAUUUGAAUGGUUUAGUUUCAGUUGUUUAGUCCAAUAUUGUAGAUUGAUUCAGUUAAACCAAAGUGCUGACUGAAUGACAAGAUUUAUUUUUGCCAUGUAACAAAUCCAUUUAUUAAGAUUUGAAGUGAUGGAAUCAUUAGCUUUGACAUGGUCAUCAAAUGAACAAGGAACAUAUGAGUAAAAUGAGAGCGAGGAGACUCCAAUAGGACGAGAGAACCAGUGCGACCGGCCUGACUGUCAGACUGAAACCACUGUCUGCUGGAUCUAGAAGAACAAUGAAUGUCAGUUAAAUACAGGACUAGACAUCAAAAUGACAGGCAGGCCAGGACCAGGGGUGGCAGCGUGUGUGUGCAAUGUCUGAAAGAAGUGAGUGUCUGUGGUAGUUAAUAUCUCCUCACCCAGCCAAUCCCCCCACUCACCAUGGUUCAGCCUCAACCCAAAAAGUGAGCUGCUAUAACAACAGUCGUGUGUGUGUGUGUGUGUGUGUGUGUGUGUGUGUGUGUGUGUGUGUGUGUGUGUGUGUGUGUGUGUGUGUGUGUGUGUUUAGAAGUGCAGCCUAAGAGGCCAAAUGUCCCUCAGACAGACAUCGAACAGCUUCUAGAGGCUUCUGACUCUCCAUGCACAACUACUUUAUAACAAGAGAAUCCUAUAGAAAGAUCUAUAAGAGCAUUUUUGUACAAAAAAAAAUACAAUUAGCUUUUUGAAGUUCUCUUUCAAAACAAACAAAAUAAUAAAUACAUUUAAUACUGUGGUUAGAGCUUUUCCAAUGGAGUAUUUCUGUGGGAACUGGGUGUUGACUUUAAAAUGUUCUAGUGGCAACAUAAUACCAUAGGAUGGUGAAAGAUGGAAACUGCAGCUAUAUUUCUCUAGUGAUUAGCUGAUGUGAAUACUCUAGGUGUUGCUAGAUUUUUUUACAUUUAAUUUAACCUUUUAUUUAACUAGGCAAGUCAGUUAAGAACAAUUCUUAUUUACAAUGACAGCCUGUGGGAUGUGGUUGAGUGAAAGUGGUUGAUACAAGUUGACUCCAUUUGACCUUUCCAUACUAUACACGGUCAAGUCUGUUUCAGUUCUACAAGGUCACUGGUUUAUAAUAAAAUAAUUUAAGGACUACAAAGGAUUAAUAUAACAUAAGUACUGUCAAGUAGUACACUCUUAAGUGCGGCUGUGUUUGUAACAUGCUGUGUCUGUCUCUGUACAGCUACUCUGGUUAUCUGGUAUUUACCUCACAGAGCAGUCUCUCUACAGAGUUUAACAAAUGUAGGGGUAACAAUUUAAUUGUUACCCCUACAUAAUUAAUCCCUGCCCUUAUUCAUAUUAAUUCAGAAUUAACAAACUUUGAAAUUGGACUCAGAGUACACAAUAAUCGUCUGGAUGAAAUUAGUCCAUCUACACAAAUUUAAAUUAACUUUUGAGAUUAUACUGACCCUGUGAUAUGGUGGAAUAUGGGCCCCACAUGACCAGAUGCGUUUUGAGGCCAGUUAGCAACACACUGUUAUCCAUGCUUUGUACCAUAUUGCAUUUAACAUCCAUGCAAAUAUACCUAGCUAUAUCUUAUUUUUUUUACAUUAAAAUGCCUUGGACUUCA